AUGAGUGGUGCUCGGGCCUUAGAGUUGAUUGAGUCCCUGCCUUUUGAUGGCUCUGUGGUUGCUGAUACUGUUGGUUUUGCUGGGGGCAUAUGGAUGCUAUGGAGGACUGACUUGGUGCAUGUGGAAGUUCUGGCUCAACGGAGCAGGAGAUCCAUGCCAUUAUCCGGGUUUGCUGAAAGAUGCAUGUUAUGGGAAAACCUUAAAUUAAUUGCUACCUUGCAUGACCUUCCUUGGGCACUUAUGGGUGAUUUCAAUGAGGUUAUCUCUGAGGAAGAAAAGGCUGGGGGUAAUCCUAUUUGUCAAAGAAGAGUGAGGGCUAUUCUUGAUUGUAUGAAUGAGUGUCAAAUGUUGGACUUGGGUUUCUCAGGGCCUAAAUUUACCUGGACUAAUAAGAGAGAACUGGGGGGUCUCAUCCAAUGUAGGCUGGAUAGAGUUUGGGCAAACCCUGUUUGGAAAGCUUCUUUCCCUGAAGCAAAUGUAACUCAUUUGGCCAGGGUUAAUUUGGAUCAUUGCCCCUUAUUACUUAAUCUUUGCCCUAAUCUGUCUAAUGCUUCCAACUGGCCAUUUAGGUUCCAACCAAUGUGGUUGAGCCACAAUGAUUUUCCAGCCAUUGUUAGGGAUUCUUGGAAUGGUAUGGAAUAUAACCUUACUGAAGCUGUCACUAGGUUCACCCAUAAGGUCUAA